AGAUCGUACUUUUUGUGAUUGUGUCAUUUUCCUUUCGCUCGUCGUUGCAUUUUAUACUUUCCGUAUCUUUAUCAUGUACCAUUCCAAAGGUCGUACAAACCAUAAAAACAAACCUUUGCAAUAGACACUGCCACUUUUGUUUGUUGAACCAUCUAGUUCGAUUAUUUUUACUCAGUAAUAAAAUCCUGCCUACUUAUACCGAACACCGUGUGUGACUGAACUGAGUGUAAAAUCAAUUAUUUUUAUCGUUUAGUUGGAUUGCAGUGCUUGUAAUAUCACCUUUAAACGGUGCCACCUAAAUACGGACAGAAUAUACAGUGAUAUCCUACCAAAAUGGGAAAUAAGUCGUCUUUGUUACUGAGGGAAGAAGAAAUUGCGCAAAUUCAAGAAGAAACAGGAUUCACACCAAACCAAAUAGAGCGCCUGUACUCGCGCUUCACAUCACUGGACAAGAAUGACUGUGGCACUCUGUCUCGGGAAGAUUUCCUCCGCAUCCCCGAGCUCGCCAUCAACCCUCUGAGUGAGAGGAUUGUGCACUCCUUCUUCGCGGAGAGUCACGACGACCGAGUCAACUUCCUGCAGUUCAUGAGGGUGCUGGCUCACUUCCGGCCCAUUAGGAAAAACAGGGAGAACAAGCUGAAUAGCCGGGAGGAAAAGCUCAGAUUUGCAUUCUCCAUGUAUGACCUGGACAAUGAUGGCAAGAUCUCCAGGGACGAGCUGCUCGCCAUUCUACACAUGAUGGUCGGAGUCAAUAUCAGCGAAGAGCAACUGACCAGCAUAGCUGAACGCACAAUACUGGAGGCGGACACCAACAACGACCAGAUGAUCUGCUUCGAGGAGUUCUGCCGCGCGCUGGAGCGCACCGACGUGGAGCAGAAGAUGUCCAUCAGGUUCCUCAACUGACCUGCCGACUGGGCGGCCAACUUCGCGAAUGUGCUGUAGGGGUCCACUGCCGCCGUCAACGGGACGAAUGUGUGAAUGGGUGGAGUUAAUGAUGAAAAUGGGGUGUUUCGGGUUAACUAAAUUGUUUAACUAACCGCCCAAGUGCGAUUCGGACUAUACUUCUAUUAUCUAUAAAUUGUACUUAAAUGUUAAAUUAAAUUGUUUGUCGUAUUUGUAUGAAUAUAUAGUUAAAUUUCUUGUUGGGCUAAAAGAAGUUAAGAGUGAUUUGAUAUAUUUACUAUGGCUGGCCUGUCGAAAUGUACACAUUCAAGUCCAUGUUAUAAACUAGGUAAAGUAUAAGAAAACCAAAUUAUCUUAUCUGGUGGCAGCUGGCGUAUGCAUUUAGGUCAUUCUUCCAGCAGUUAGUUAUACUAUAAUCAGAUUUUGAGUCUUGGUGACGGCCGCAGUGGAUAAACGCGAUUAGGUUACUUAUUCGAGGCUUAUGUUUUUAAUGGUAAUUUUAAGCUUGGAGUAGUUAAGUUGCCUUUACGAGUACUACGUGAGGGUUGAGGCUGUUAAAAGGAAUACAAAUGGUUGAAAAAGGUCCAGCCACACAUCCAAUAACUCUCGUGAAAUUUCAGUUCCCCUAGUUUCUGAGAUAAUUUUAAUGGCAUAUUUCGAUAUUUCAUGUUUCUCACUAAUAUAAUAGUGCUUUUUACUAGUUGAAUAUCAAUUUAAUAUUCUAUGUUCUCUGUUUCUACCUGUUCAUUGUAGAAAGGGCGGUUGUUGGGAAAGUGAUUGGAGGAGUGGCUUACCAGUGUUAUAAUUAUAAUUCGUGGGACAAUAAAAACUUGUAUUUAUGAGCAUUUCUUGGUGAAAAAUAUUGUGUCCAUUGUCAAUGUACAAUCAAUUAUUUAAUUUUAUAUGUUGACUUUCGAGUUUUUUUAUCAGCAUUCUAUCACACUUGGCAAUAAGAUGAUUAGGUAUUGCUUUAUAUUUUGUGAUUACAAUAAUGUUUUAUGAUUUGUGAUAAUUUAAUUGGUAUUUAUUUAAGAUAUAAUUUGGGUUAAGAAUGUAUUUUUUAUCGUUUGUAAGAUUCGGGUGAUAUUAUUUUCUUGAUAUUAUAUCAAAUGUUACCAUUGCUGGUUUAUGUAUUAUGUACAUUAAUAUAGUGCAAUGUCAGCUAAAGUUAACUAAAUAAACGUUUUGGUUGCAUUGAAAAAUCUAGGAAUUUAAUAUGAUAGAUAUUAGAGAGGUUAAAUAAAUGUGUAACAUUAUGCUCUCUCCUAGAUUUUAUUUUUUUACUAGUUGAUGUAAAUGUACUGAAAAUCAUUGUUUCAUUUGUUCGUAUUGUAUGAAUAUGUAUAUAGAUACUUAGUAGAUAAUAUAUGUAAUAAAUUAUAUUAUUAAUAAA